CAUUUCAAGUCCGGACACUUUCACCCCCUUCCUGUCCAGGCCAAUUUUCAGCUUUCAGCGCUAUCACACUUUGAAGGACAAUUGCGCGGUCAUGCAACACUGUACCCAUAUGAAUUUUUUAGCAUUGUUUUGAGACAGAUAAAACUUUAUUUUGGUGGUAUUUAUUCACUACUCGGAUUGAAAUUUUUUUGCUAUAGAAAUGAAAAAGUCCAAAAAAAAUUUUUUUAAAGUGUUUUUCUUAUAAAAUUUUGCAAAUAAGUAAUCUUUCUUCAUAAAUCUUCCAAAACUUAUAAUUUUUCAAAACAAUGUUUUACAUUUUUUUUUUUUAUGUGUUUGUUUUUUUUAACAUACUGUCACCCUAG